UCGUCGCUGCGCGGGAAUGCGCGGAGACUCCGCCUGUAAGGCGGUGAUUGGGAGUGAUUAGUGUUCGGUUGGCGCGAGUUCACUUUACUACCUCAAAAUGUCGAUGCUUGAAAAGCUACAGAUUCAAGGCAUUAGGAGUUUCGGUCCGCAAGAGGCCGACAGGCAGAUCAUUACGUUUUUCUCGCCGCUGACGCUGAUUCUGGGCAGCAAUGGUACGGGGAAGACGACCAUCAUCGAGUGUCUGCGCAACGCCACUACGGGAGACUUGCCUCCGGGUCAAGGUAAAGUGUUCAUCCACGACCCGAAGCUCAACAGCGAGAUCGAGGUGAACGCCCAGAUUAAACUGAAGUUUAUUGACGUCACGGGAUGCGCCAACGUGUUGACGCGAAGUUUCCUUUUGCGUCAAAACAAGACGAGCACUACGUUCAAGACCGUCGACACCGCGCUUGUGCAGUACGCCAAAGACGGCACGAAAACCACAGCCACGCCGAGGUGCUUCGACGUCGGCGCCACGGUCAUCGAACUCUUGGGAGUCCCACGUGCCAUACUGGAGAACGUCAUAUUCUGCCAUCAAAGUGAUUCCAACUGGCCGCUCUCCGAAGGGCAGGCGCUUAAGACCAAGUUUGACAACAUAUUUGCAGCCACCCAAUACAUAAAGGCCCUGGAGCAGAUUCGCAAGCAGAAGAUCGAGUACACAAACGGAGUGAAGAUGAUGAGGGAAACCAUCAAGUUUCUGCAAGCUAACAAGGAAAAAGCCGACGAAUACGAAGAGGAAGUCGCAAAAUCGGAGCAGCGGCUUGAAGACUGCGCCGGCAUGAUACGCGACAUUCAGGAUAGGCUAGAACCGCUGAGCACUGCUUGGAAGGCACUCGAAGAGAAGCUGGACAAGGAGCGAAACCUUCAGCAGAAGCUCUCGGCUGAAAAAGAGCAGGUUCAGUACACAGAAAACGAAAUCAAGCGAAUCACACUGAACCUGAAAGAUGUCUUCACCGGUUCAGAAGAGCAGUUGAAGCAAGAGAUAGAAAACUUUCAAACUAAGAUGCUGGAAGACAAGGCAUCCCUGGAAAGGGAGAAGACAGCUCUCCAGGAAGCAUGCUCGCUGUUGAGCGCAAAUAGCGACGAACAUAAAAAGCUGCUCCCUGUGUUAGGUCACCUGCAAAGUGAACAACAGGCUGUGCAGGAGACUUCGCAGAAAGUGGAAGCAAAGUUGGAGCGAUUGAACAGAAGUCUACGUUUAAAUGUUGACGUUAGUUCCAGCGAUUCGCUCAAGGACAAAGUUACAGCUGUCCUUGCGGGACUUGAGAGGAAAAAGAACGAAACCCAAAGACGUUUUCAGGACGCAAAGCAGGAAUGUGAGGAGCAGGAGAAGGCUCUGCAGGGAAGAAUAGACUCUGCGCGAGAGCUGAAGUCUAAGUGUGAGCAGAAACUAGAUUCUGUACGAAAGAGUAUUGACGAAAACAGCAAAGAGGUUAUGAGGAUUCGCAAGGAACUCCUUGAUGCCAAGACUUACAACUCGCAGGUGAGAAAUCUGAACAGGGAGAUUGAGAGGUUCAAACAAGAGAUCACAGCUCUGGAAGGGGAGGACUCACGAGAAGGCCUGCGAGAAAAGAUUGACAGCAGCCAGACACUGAAGGAUGAAAUUGCUGGAAAAUUGGACAUGCUCAACGCAGACCUCCUUAACGCCCAGCGUUUCAGCAAAGAGCAAGCUGAGCUCGAUAGGAUCAAGCAGGAGAUUGGAGAGAAGUCUGGGGCACUUAAGUCGCUUUUCGAUGAGAACAAAGAAAAAUUUGGAGAGGUUCUAGGCAGUGUGCCCACAUCAGACUAUGGCAAGCAUGUAAAGAAAGCGACAACACAAAUUGAAGGUGAUGUCAGCUGCCUUCGGAGCACGAUAAACAAGCUCCUUGGUGAAAAGAGCUCUCUGGAGGCGCAGCUUAGGAUGCAUGCUGAGGACUUGAGGAACAAGGAAAGCGAGCUUGAAAAGAGCCGGAAAAAGAUCAUUGCUGUCUGUGGUUCUGAAAACUUGGAUGAAAGCAUAAGUGACCUCAGUCAGUUCAUUGAAAAAGUGCGUGAAGAAACUAGCACUGUCAGUGGUAAGCUUGCCCUGUAUAAAAGUUUUGCCAAGUCCCUGAGAGCAAAACCGUGUUGUCCGCUCUGCAAACGAGAUUUUGAGAAAAGGGAGUUGGUUAAAAACCUCAUUGCUGACCUGGAGAGGAGCAUCGACACACUGCCCAAUGAGACCAAAAAAAAGUCUGACGAGAUUUCUGAAAAGGAAAACCUUUUCAAUGCGAUGCAGCGGCUUAAGGGUGAUGAAACAAAGAUGGCACAGUUGAGGACUCAUGACAUCCCAAAGCUGAAGCAGAAGAUUGAAAAGCUGAAAGCUGAGCAGACGUCUCUGGAAGCUCAACUGGCUAAGGAAGAAGAGAUUCUGGAAAAUCGCCUGUUUGACUUGGCCAUGGCGAAUUCUGUGGCUAACGAAGCUGAACGCAUUGAUCGCCUGGAACUCGACAUAAACUCACUUCGUCGCAGCCUGGCAUCCAAGUCUCCCAGAGUGCAACAGCUUGGCUCUGCCAAGUCCACUGAGAGUAUCCUUGCUGAAAUACAGGAUCUCACGAGCCAAAGCAGAAUGUACGACAAGAACUUGCAUGCCUGCCGUUCCAAGCUUGAACAACUCCACGGCUUGGACAUGUCUCUCAAGGAUGCUCAGAGUGCGAAGUUGCGACUAGAGUCAAAAAUGAAGGAGGAGUCGAUAUUGCACGAGCAAAAGACUAAACUGGAGUCUGAUAGCGUUACACUAAAAAGUUCAUUGGAAGCACUCAGAAAGGAGCUGCAACAGCACCAACACAUACUGGACAAGGCACAGAAGGCCAAAAGCAAUGCGACAGGCGAAACAGAGGACCUGCUCGACAGACUGCGGUCAGAGGUAAACCAGCGCACAUUAGAAAUAGAGGACCUUCGGAAGCACUUCGACAAGAUCCAGGAGUACAGUGACAGCGGAAACCCUCAGAGGCUGCUGGACGUUAGGAAGAAGCUGGAGUCACUCAGGGAGCACGGGCGGAAACUAGAAAGCGAAAAGGAAGAGAAGGCUGCUCACGUGAGGCGUCUCGAGCAAGGUUUGUCGCGGCAGGAACUGAGAGAGCGCGAGCUAAAGGACAACUUGCACGUGAAGGAGCUUCAGAAGAGAAAGCAGCAGCAUGUUGACAAAAUGGAGGGAAUCAGAGAUGACAUGAAGCGCUGUGGACUGGGUAACCUCGACGCCGAGAAGCAGAGGAUUUUGGAGAAGAUUGAAAAGCUCAAAAAAGACAAGAGAGCAAUGGAGAUUCGGGAAGGGGAGCUUAGGGUGAAGAUCGAUGCUGCUAAGAAGGAGCUCAGCGGGCAUUUUAAGGACGCCGGGAAAAAGUACACAAAAGCACUGACCGAGAUGCAUGUGAAGGAGUUCAUCAGCAAGGAUCUCGACAUGUACUACAGAGCUGUAAACUAUGCCGUGCUGAAGUACCAUGAGCAGAAGAUGAAGGACAUCAACCGGGUCAUCAAAGAGCUCUGGCAGGACACUUACUGCGGCGAUGACAUCGACUACAUCCAAAUCAGAACCGACACGGACGACAAGGGCAUCGAGGGCUCUCGUCGUACCUAUAACUACCGAGUGGUCAUGAUAAAAGGAAAAGUGGAACAGGACAUGAGGGGCCGCUGCAGUGCGGGCCAGAAGGUGCUUGCGUCGCUCAUCAUUCGGCUGGCGCUUGCCGAGAACUUCUGCCACAACUGUGGCAUACUUGCUCUGGACGAACCCACGACAAAUCUGGACCGGAGCAACAUACACGGUCUGGCAUUGUCGCUGGGGAAGAUUGUCCAGGCACGUAUGAACCAACGCAACUUCCAGAUGAUCGUCAUCACCCACGACGAAGAGUUUAUGCGGCUCCUGAGCGAGCGCAAUGGUCACGCCGAGUACUUCUACAAGGUCGAGAAGUCCGAUGAAGGCUGCUCACGCCUGACCAAGUGCAGGCUCAGUACCAUCAUGUAGCCUCCCCAUUUGCCAAUCCUUUGUGUUCCACAAAACUAGGACAAUAGUGUUACACGUGAAAGGAUGUGCGUGUUCAGAACGGCGGGAAAGCUUCCUGUUAUAAAUGUUAUGAGAAGACAAUAUUAUUUUGUAAAUUGAAACUGUAUUUUGUGCCUUAGAGAAUAAAUGUUGCUAAUACUUCAAAUUCUGUAAAUUGUUGGUGUAAUGAUACACCAUUAUUUGUCAUUCCAGCCUGGCAUGGUAUGGCAUGCGGGCUGUUUUAUCAUUGAAGGGUACAGUAUUCUACAGCCAAUGAAAAAUAAGGCAUUAGUCCUUGAAUGGCAAUAAGUCUGCUGAAUAAAGGAACAUCUAUCAUCAGAACACUUUCUCCUCCCAGAACAGGGGUUCGCCCAGUUGGGAAUGUGUGGCUGUGAAGGCAUACUAACUGCGUAAUACAUUUGAGAGAUGUGGAAAUGCUAUAAGGAAUUGAUCAAUUUUGAUUAGGGUGUCAGCUUGCACUUGGGGUGCUUGUUUAUCCAUAAUUGAAACCAUGCACAAUGUGAAAGAUGAAGGCUGAGUUUUUGUGUGUUCAUGCACAUGUGAGCCAAAAUUUUAGGAUCUACAUCUGUUCCUUUACGCUAUGGCAUCACUGCCUUGUGGCAAUGUGGAACCGACUGGCAUCUAUUGCUCUUAUUUUUGCACUGUGUUGUCUUGUGUCAUGCUUUCAAGUCAUUGUCCUUCAUGCUGUAUGUGAUUUGUACUGUUGGAAUAAGUGCGCACCAUUGUGGUUUAGGGUCACAUCAGCAUGCACUAUGGAAUUCAAAGGCUCUGGAAUCAGUUUCAUAACUAGCAAGUGCAGGCCCUCUUGUUUAGCAUUGAACUGUUAUAAUGUAUGGCAAGCUCCAAGUCACUAUUUAAAUGAGAUAAAAAAAAUUGUUUUUCAAUAAAUACACUACUGCUAUGUC